CUCCAACACCAUUACCUCAAAAUUCAGCUACAGAUCAAAUUCUGAUACAAAACCAUGUUCCAGUAGAUGAUUUAAUUCAAUUAGAUGAUACACUCUCAUCAUCUAUUCAAAAUAUAUCUCCAGAUCUACUCCAAAAUGAUACUGAAUGGUUUGAUAAUAUAGAAGAUAGAUAUAAUACAA